CCAAUGUAUUCGCUCGAGCGGAGUCGUCCUGUCUGUUGACAGAGUACGAGCGUAGCAAAUAAGAUUAAACCCCACUUUUUAAUUCCUGGACUAAUUUGUUCGAAAACGUUAUAGCUACUCUCAGAGGCUUUUGGCGUUGUCUUUGUGUGGCUAACGUUCUAUGUUUGAUAUCGGAGUGGAAAAGUGUGUCCACACGGAAAGGGAGGAGGAUUCAUUCUAUUCAACCUGGGCCCCCUUCAUGCAAGUUGGUUGUACCUUUUCAAGGCCACUGCUGCAGGGCCAAAUACUCAUGGAAACACUGCCGGAGGCACCACAGGGGUGCAGUGGAUAACCAAGCUUGAGAAUGACCUGAAGACAAGUUAAAACACAAUAAUCACCCAAAGAACUAUUGAGGGCUAGAAUGUUCAUUAAGUGUUGUGUUUAGUUUUUUUUGUUUGCUCCAUUAAUAUAUUAUUGGAAAACCUGAGGAGUAACUAAUUGGAACUCUAACCUGCCCGAACAAGUUAUUCACAGCAGUGUUCAUUUAAAAUAAUAUACAUAUAUAUACCAACAACAACCAAAAACACCUGUGAAAAGUCUCAACGAUGGCCGCAGAAGGAUAUCAGUACAGGGCACUUUAUGAUUACAAGAAGGAGCGAGAGGAGGACAUUGACCUCCAUGUGGGGGACAUCUUAACAGUGACCAAAGGGACCCUGGUGGCCCUAGGGUACAGUGACGGCCUGGAGGAAAGGCCAGAGGACAUUGGCUGGCUGCCUGGCUUUAACGAAACCACUCAGGAAAAGGGAGACUUUCCAGGGACAUAUGUGGAGUUCAUUGGGAAGAAGAGGAUCUCUCCUCCCACUCCCAAGCCGAGACCCCCCAGACCCUUACCCGUGGCCCCGGGCUCCUCCAAGGCUGACUCUGGUGAUGAACUAGGCCUCUCGACUGAGUCAUGUAGCCAGCCAGCCAGCCUUGAAAAGAGGACCUUCACUCUGGGCCUGAAAACCACUGAGAAGAAGGAAGCGUCACUUUCAGGCUCCGCCCUCCUGGACCUGACAGAGCAGUUUGCGCUCCCAGAGACAGCUCCUCCCAUGCUGGCCAAGCUGCUGGAGGCCAUCGAGAAGAAAGGUCUGGACAACCCAACGCUGUACAGGACCUUCACAGCCGAUGGUGGACUGGAUGUUAGACAGUGCUUUGACACUGAUCCUCCGUCAGCAGACCUGGACCAGAUGGACCUGCAGAUGCUGUGUGACGGUCUACAUCGGUACCUGCAGGAUCUUCCCCAGCCUGUCAUACCACCGGCCAUCUACACUCAGCUGGUCCACACCGCCCAAGAGGUGCAGAGCCCCAAGGAGUGUGCCCAGCUGCUGCGUCGCAUCGCCAGCACACCCAGCCUGCCAGCCCAGUACUGGCUCACCUUCCACUGCCUGCUGCGCCACUGGUCCCGGGUGUGCCACAACGCGCCCAAGAACCUGCUCAGCUCCCGCGCCCUGGGGGAGAUCUUUAGCCCCGUGCUCUUCAGACAGCAGGCUGCCAGCUGCGAGCCCAGCCCGGAUGCUCACAUCAAGAUCAUUGAGACCCUUGUGACUAGCGAAUGGACAGAAGCACAGGCGGCUCCAGCCCUACCUCCCAAGCCACCAAAACCCACUCCCCCUGCUGUCACUAACAACGGUAUGAACAACAACAUGGCGCUGCAGGACGCCGAGUGGUACUGGGGAGACAUCUCCCGCGAGGAGGUCAAUGAGAAGCUGAGGGACACGGCCGACGGUACGUUCUUGGUCCGUGACGCCUCCACCAAGAUGCACGGUGACUACACGCUCACGUUGAGAAAAGGGGGUAACAAUAAGCUGAUAAAGAUAUUCCACCGGGAUGGGAAAUAUGGCUUCUCUGACCCCCUGACCUUCAACUCAGUGGUGGAGCUCAUCAACCACUACCGUAACGAGUCCCUGGCCCAGUACAAUCCCAAGCUAGACGUGAAGCUGCAGUUUCCCGUCUCCAAACACCAGCAGGAUCAGGUGGUGAAGGAGGACAAUAUUGAUGCUGUGGGGAAGAAGCUCCAUGAGUACCAUCAGCAGUACCAGGAGAAGAAUCGAGAGUAUGACCGACUCUACGAGGAGUACACCAGGACGUCCCAGGAAAUCCAAAUGAAAAGGACAGCGAUCGAAGCCUUCAAUGAAACCAUCAAGAUAUUCGAGGAGCAGUGCCAAACGCAAGAGCGGUACAGCAAGGAGUACAUUGAGAAGUUCAGGAGGGAAGGCAAUGACAAGGAGAUCCAGAGGAUCGUGGGCAACUAUGAGAAGCUAAAGUCUCGUAUCAGUGAGAUCGUGGACAGCAAGCGGCGUCUGGAGGAGGACUUAAAGAAGCAGGCUGCUGACUACCGAGAGAUCGACAAACGGAUGAACAGCAUCAAACCCGACCUCAUCCAGCUCCGCAAAACCAGGGAUCAGUACCUCACGUGGUUGACCCAGAAGGGAGUCAGGCAGAAGAAGCUCAACGAGUGGCUAGACAUCAGAAACGAGAACACAGAAGAUCAAUACUCUAUGGUGGAUGACGAUGAGGACCUUCCUCACCACGACGAGCGCUCCUGGAAGCUGGGCAACAUCAACCGGCUGCAGGCUGAGGCCCUCCUACGGGGGAAGAGGGACGGAACAUUCCUGGUUCGAGACAGCAGCAAGGCAGGGUGCUACGCCUGCAGUGUUGUGGUGGAAGGUGAAGUGAAGCACUGUGUCAUCAACAAGACGCCCUCAGGGUUUGGCUUCGCUGAGCCUUACAACCUGUACAGCUCACUCAAAGAACUGGUCCUCCACUACCAGCACACGUCACUGGUCCAGCACAAUGACUCUCUGAAUGUGACACUAGCGCACCCCGUCUAUGCACAGCAGAGGCGGUGAGGACCCUACCGUCAGUCGGACAGAUACGUCUACUCAGACUUUGUCCUUAAGGAUUUUAAAAGCUAGGAUGUGUCUUGCCUACUAACAUACAUACUUUUUAUCCACAAGAGAGGAAAGGACUAAAGACAACCGCAAAACGAAGCCUGAAAACAUUUCAGCGACUGUGAGCAGUGGCGAGAGCCUGAAUGUAGUCUUGUUACUCUCGUGCUUAUUGUGGGAGCACAGAGUCAAGGCGAAACUGCUGAACUCUCUCCCUUAGUGGAGGACAUUGGAGGCCUUUUCCUAAUGGUGCUUGUUCUUUUCAAAGCUUUACCAGCUGGAAUGUCAAAAUGCAGAUAAAACUCGAGUGCAUCAUUUUUGUUUUUCUACUGUUCCUCCUCUUUUCCCCAUUUGUUUUUACUGUGUGUAUGUGUCUGAGAGUGUUUGAGAGUUAGUGUGUGCAUCCUUGUGACCAAAACUCACAGUAUCUGAAAGGUGUUGGGGAUGUCUAACACACCUGUGUGUUUAAGUGUUCAGUGACAGACCGUGGAUCAACUGAUAAAUGUAGCAAAAUGGCACUUUUGACAAAGUAUAAUUGUUUUAUUGAAAAAGACUCCUACGGACUUGUUUAAUCAAAGGAGCAAAGGAGAUGACAAGGUGGCAAGAAUUCCGGACUUUUCCCUUGCUAACCAGUGCAGAGACUCAACUGUUCUCUACUGUGGAUGAGUGAAAAUAUGAACGGACUUAAAAUGGAAAUAAGUAUGUAUAUAUACAGAGGAGAAUGUCAGUACAAAGCGAUGAAAACCUACCAUACCAAAAAAGCUCAGUUCCUUUUCGGUUAUAUCCUAAUAUGCUAUGCAAUUCUGUCUCCCUUAUUUCUGCAAAGUUGUUUUUAUUCUGUUGCAAACCCAUAAUAUAAGCUUGUUUUUAUUGCUUGAAAAAGUGUAUUUUUCCCAUGUAAAUAUCCAAGAGGAUAUUUUGUGUCAAAAUGCCAAGAUAAAAACUGCUUCAUAUUUUUUAAGAAAGUAAAUAAUAGUAACAUACUUUAUUACAAAUUUUUAUCAGUAACUGAUAAAAUGUGUGUUUUAUUAGUACUUUUUUUUGCUUCAAACUGAUAUUCUUCUCAGGCUGAGAGCCUUUUGAGUAUUUGACAGCUGCUUCAGUCACAAAUAUUUCUAACAGAGCCACAUGUUCUAGAUCUUAGUCGAAAAACAAACAAUGGUAGCAUCCCAUAGCAUCCAAAGGGGCAGCCUAUUCCUUAUAGGACACAGGGACUAGGGUGCCAUUUGAGAGGUAGCCUAUGACUCUUAAGUAUGUGCGCUCUUAGCAUGGAAUAAUGGGAAUAUUUGUUGAUUACUGCAGUCAUAAUGGUGCAUGUUGUACUCAACUUUUCAACCAUCUCCAUGGAAACAACAGUAUAGAUUUAUUUUGUUAUAUAACCUUUCCCCUUCACAAUGAGAUCAAAGCAAAUCUGUGUUUUUAAAUGACGAAAAUUGUUAUUAAAAGUAUAAAUUGGGAGACAUUUGAUCUUCCCGUAUGCUUUGUCCCUAUAGUAUUUUUUCUGUAUCAGAAAAUCUUUUGAGUGUUUAAAGGGGUGGAUCAACUCAUUUAGAAUAAUGAUUGCUUAUUAUCGUACAACUUUGUCUGCCAAUACAUAGUGAUUCUGUUACUUGGAGGAAGUACCAACAUUUUGCUGCAACCCUCUAGUAAACAGUGUCACUGCUGCAGUUUUAGUUCUCUCACCCCUUUAUUCAAAAAUGUAUAUUUCCAUGACUGUAAAUUAGGAUUUUAAUCUCUACUAUACUGUAAACAUGUAUCAAUGGAAAUUCACAGUGAUAGAUAUUGUAUGACCUAACAUGACAAAAAUAAUCUUGAUACAUUUCUUUUCAACUCCGUUAUGUCCCCAGAAUGAUAAACAUAGUAACAUUUAUGUGGAUAAAUAGAUUUGAUUUUUUUUAAAUAAUAUUAUAUUCAACUUUAGACUAUCAGCUAAAGAAUUACCAUCCAAGCCCAGUCAAUAAAAUUUAAAUGGAGAACACAGCCAUGCAAUCUCCAUAGACAAAGAUGGGCAGUAGAAUGGCCUUACUGAAGAGCUCAGUGACUUUCAUUGUGGCACCGUCAGCAUGCCACCUUUCCAACAAGUCAGUUAGUCAAAUUUCUUCCCUGCUAGAGCUGCCCCAAUCAACUGUAAGUGGUGUUAUUGUGAGGUGGAAACGUCUAUGAGCAAAAAUGCCUCAGCCGCGAAGUGGUAGGCCACACAAGCUCACAGAACGGGACCGCCGAGUUUUGAAGCGCGUACCACGUAUAAAUCGUCUGCCCUAAGUUGCGACACUCACUACCGAGUGCCAAACUGCCUCUGGAAGCAACGUCAUCACAAUAACUGUUUUUCGGGAGCUUCAUGAAAUGGGUUUCCUUGGCCGAGCUGCCACACACAAGCCUAAGAUCACCAUGCGCAAUGCCAAGCGUCGGCUGGAGUGGUGUAAAGCUCACCGCCAUUGGAUAUUGGAGCAAUGGAAAUGCGUUUUUCUGAGUGAUGAAUCACACUUCACCAUCUGGCAGUCCGACUGGCUAAUCUGGUAUUGGUAUUGAAUUACCUUACCUUUUAAGAAACAUCAAACCAAAUAUUGAGCUGAUUUGAAUUGAUUUCAGGUUAUUUGGCCUUUAAAAAAAAUGUUUUAACAUGCUCACAUCACUUUCAUUGAUUGUUAGCUUUUUAAUGGGUGUUUAUAGAACUGAACCAUGGAUUACAGUUUCUCAUGGCCUACUACUCUUUAUAAGAUUAAUUGUCGUUAACUGUUUUUCUUUUGCUUUACUCACAUUGGUUCACUCAAGGCCAAUAACUACAGAACCAGUUAAAACAAAGCAAGUUUGGAUUCAAGCUACUAUGUCACCUCUGGGAUAAAUACCCAUUGUACUAUACAAUACCUUUUCAAGUUUGUUGUAUAAUUGUAGUUUGAUCUCAGGUGGCCCUGGUCUUGUUUGUCACUUUUGUCCAAAGUGACAUCUCUACGCUCUGUGUUCUUUGAAAAAAACCUGCACCGUUUUGAGGUUUAUUUUCUUUUAUCCCUCAAUGACUAUAUGACUUCAGUUGACAUGGUGACUGUGACAGAAAUGUUGAGAUUGAGAUUUAACAGUGUUCCCCAGUUUUGCUUCAAACCUGUAUUAGGCUUUGUUAAAAUGAAAUAAAAGUGUUUAAGAAACUA